GCGGCGGCGGCGCCUGAUCCUGGGCCGCGGCUUCCACCUCCGCCCGCGCGGCUGGCCUCCAGCCGCGGCCCGCAGUCUGCGGCGCUCGAGCUCCGAAGGCGCUUCCCCGGGCGCUGGGCCCGAGGUGGCCAAGACGGCGGGCCGGCCGGGCGCGGGGCGGCGGGCGCUGUGCUGCGGACUGCGCUGGUGGGGGGCGGCGGGCCCGGGGCCCGGCGCGUGCGGCUGGGAGGCGCUGUGGGGCGCCGGCGCGCGGGCGGCGGCCGGGGCCAUGGCCGAGGGCGGCGGGGGCGCGCGGAAGAGGGCGCCGGCGCUGCUCGAGGCGGCCCGCGCGCGCUACGAGAGCCUGCACAUCUCGGACGACGUGUUCGGCGAGUCGGGCCCGGACAGCGGCGGGAACCCGUUCUACAGUACCUCGGCAGCCUCGCGCUCUUCCUCCGCUGCCUCGUCGGACGACGAGCGCGAGCGCCCCGCCCCCCCGGGGGCCUCCGCCGGCCCGCCGCUGCUCGGCGUCUGGGACGCGCAGGAGCCGGAGGAGGACCAGGCCGGCGCGGGCUGGAGCGCCACGCUGCGGGACCGCCCGCCGCCGCGCUUCGAGGACACCAGUGGUCCAACCCGAAAGAUGUCUCCCAGUGCCAGUGCCAUGGACUUCUUCCAGCUAUUUGUCCCAGACAACGUCCUCAAGAAUAUGGUGGUGCAAACGAACAUGUAUGCCAAGAAGUUCCAGGAGAGGUUUGGGAGUGACGGGGCCUGGACAGAGGUGACCCUAGCGGAGAUGAAAGCAUUCCUGGGCUACAUGAUUUCCACCAGCAUCUCCCAUUGUGAGUCCGUCCUCAGCAUCUGGAGCGGCGGCUUCUAUAGCAACCGGAGCCUCGCCCUGGUCAUGAGCCAGGCCCGCUUCGAGAAGAUCCUCAAGUACUUCCACGUUGUGGCCUUCCGCUCUAGCCAGUCCACACAUGGCCUCUACAAGGUCCAGCCCUUCCUUGACUCCCUGCAGUAUGGUUUCGACACUGCCUUCAGGCCUUCCCAGACCCAGGUGCUACAUGAACCCCUGAUUGAUGAGGACCCUGUGUUCAUUGCCACGUGCACAGAGCGGGAGCUGAGGAAGAGGAAAAAGCGGAAAUUCAGCCUCUGGGUCAGACAGUGUUCUUCCACUGGCUUCAUCAUCCAGAUUUAUGUCCACCUGAAGGAAGGUGGGGGCCCGGACAGCCUGGACGCGCUGAAGAACAAGCCACAACUCCACGGCACAGUGGCCAGGAGCCUGUGCCGCAACGCAGCAGACAAGAACUACAUCAUCUUCACCGGGCCCAGCAUCACCAGCCUGACUCUGUUUGAAGAGUUUGAGAAGCAAGGGAUUUACUGCUGUGGCCUGCUCAGCUCCAGGAAGAGCGACUGCACGGGCCUCCCACUAUCCAUGCUGACCAACCCAGCCACGCCCCCGGCCCGGGGCCAGUACCAAAUCAAGAUGAAGGGGAACGUGUCCCUGAUCUGCUGGUACAACAAGGGGCACUUUCGCUUCCUUACCAAUGCCUACUCCCCCAUGCAGCAAGGAGUCAUCAUCAAGAGGAAGAGCGGAGAGGUCCCCUGCCCUCUGGCCGUGGAGGCAUUCGCUGCUCACCUCAGCUACAUCUGCAGAUAUGACGACAAGUACAGCAAGUACUUCAUUUCCCAUAAACCAAACAAGACCUGGCAGCAGGUGUUCUGGUUUGCCAUUAGCAUUGCCAUCAACAACGCCUACAUCCUGUACAAGAUGUCAGAUGCUUACCAUGUGACGAGGUACAGCCGGGCGCAGUUUGGAGAGAGACUCGUCAGAGAGCUGGUGGGCUUGGAGGACACUGCGCCAGCCCACUGAUGCUGGGAAUGCUGGCCCAGCCUGGGUAGGGGCCAGGUCGAGGGAGGGGCAAAAGCCCGAGGACAGCCUGCCAUGUGACCUGCCCAUGCAGACGCCUUGGGUAUGGCCCAUACCCAGAUUCCCAGUGGGAGAUUCUUCACUGACAGCCAUGGGGACUGGCAAGGCAGCAUCAGCUCUGAGCAGUUGACUGAGACGGAAGGCACCACAAGAGCCCAAGCUGCGGCUUCUGAGAGAAACGUCUGAGGCCUAGGUCAGGCUUGUGGUGCAGGGAGCAGGAAGAGAUGGGCCUGUAUGGUUACAACGAUGGUUCUGGUGUUGCAGGGAGGCGGGAAGCUUCUAAUUUCUCUAGGAAGAGACACAGCCCAGGUAAGCUGUGACAAGCUACAGGCAGUUGCCCAUUGUGACGACUAAAUGAGGUACCCUGCGCCUUGUCCCCAGUCUGGCUGGUGGUUGGGAGAGAAGGGAAAUGCCUAAAGAUGGCAGUGAAGGGUGAUUCUGUUUUUUAUUUUUAAAUAUAUCUUCAGGUUAUUUUCUUACUGUUGCUUAAGAUCUAAUGUAUAUGGCAGAUGUCCCCCCCACAACCAGUUCCACCAACACCUCUGCCCCUCCCUCACAAUCACAGCUCCUUGCAUGAUCACAGCUCCCUGUCCCACCAGGUGGCAGGGUGUGGGGCAGGGGCAGCUCCCUUCCAGAACACAUCUGCUGUGCUCCAGGGAGGAUCACAGGAACCCUGAGGGCCUAACCUUUGUCACAGCCUCUGUCAUCAUUGGCAGAAGUACUUAUUUGAAAAAUAUGUAGCAUUGCCAAAAUAAAAUUCUCUAGGGAUGGCCGUUUCUUCCCUGUCAUUCCUUCCUGCAUAGCACCCUUCACACUAUUGAUCAUUAAGAGUGGUCCACAGAGCAGUACAAGCAGUCUUGGAAAAACUCCAAAGGGGACCCGGGCUGCCCAUGAUUUGACAUGGGGGGAUGGCAAAUGGGGAGCUCACCUCAGGACUGAGAAGUCUGCAUGACCAGCAGCUGGAAGCCAGGGCUCCUUUAGCUCCCAGAGACAUCUGGGGCUGUUUCUGAACCAAGGUUUACAUGUCUCCGUGGGAAACCUCAGCACCAGGGCUGCUGACUGCUCUGACUGUCCCCACAGGCAAGAAACAAGUCAUUCCUGGCAUUACCCCUUCCCCUUCCUGCCCAAUUCAUAUCACUACCCCAUCUUAACAAACACAAGUCUCUACUACUCAGGCAUAGGGAUUUUUUUUCCCUGUCCACACACCUUUGAUGAAAGUGUUGCUGUCAGCAUGUUCCUGAACCCCACAUCACUUCUGUCCUGUAGUUCACAAUGGCCCCCUUGCCUUGUGGGUUUGUUAACAUGCUACAAUUGGAGGCCACAUUUGAGAAAAGGUGUUUCCGGACACCUUUGCUAUGCCCUUUAAAGUUGGACUGAAAGCACUUUUCCCACAUGGAGAAAUAUAUUUUUAAUUUGUGAUGCUUUUCUACAAGGUUCUCUACUUCUGAGUUGAAUGUGUUUCCAACACUUUAGGGAGACUCUAUUGAAAGCUGAUGAAUUUUCUUUCUGUCCAAACAAGUAAAAUAAAAAUAAAAGUCUAUUUAGA